GUCACAUUUGCACGUUUAUUUGGUCAUGAUUAAAGCUUUAGUUGUCACACCACAGGAAUGCAACACUCCAAUUACACAAUGUGCCGGAUUGUGUUUCCACCUCAAAACUGACAUACCCUUGUUUUAUGUUUACAGUGGACAGGGAGACACAAGACACAAGGGAAGUUUUUGACUCCCAAAGACAGAGAGGAGACAGAAAGUGUAUUUUGAGGACAAGGGGCCCUUGUAGGCAUAGAAUAGUGUGUUUUGCUGUGGAUCUGUGGGUGUGUGUGUUGUGCGUCAGAGGGAGGUGUGUUGUGGUACGAUCAGCUCUGGUGAGAUGUGGACAAUCAGUCCGGCUCUGUUGCAGCGGGGGCCACAUUACACCGGCUUCUCCUUAGUUAUGCUCCUCUUCAAAGCUCAAAUACAGAUCCAACUAUGAGCCCACAGAGGGAUACACCUAAAAAAUGACAGAACGACAAAUGGCUUCUACCGAAAGGAGCCUACGUAUCCAGGCUGAUGACGACCUAAAGUCUAUGUUUGUUGGCACAGUGAUGAGAAAAAUCAAGUCUCGCACUUGGAAAAAGCAGCGUUAUUUCCGUCUACAAGAAGACUGCAUGACUAUCUGGUAUAAGAGCAAGAAAGCAGGAAAUGCACACUCCACCUUUUCUGUGGGUGAUGUGGAAGCUGUGCGGGAAGGGCACCAAUCUGAGGUUCUGCUCAGCAUUGCUGACGAGUUCCCUUCUGACCGCUGCUUCACCCUUGUGUUCCGUGGUCGACGAGGCAACUUGGACCUAGUGGCUGAAUCAGCAGGUGAAGCGCAAUCAUGGAUUAAAGGGAUACGCAAACUCAUUGAUAACCUGGAGAACAUGGGGCAGAGAGAGAAACUAGACCAAUGGAUCUGUGAUUGGUUUAAAAGGGCAGACAAAAACAGAGAUGGACGGAUGAACUUUAAGGAAGUCCGAGAUCUGUUGAAGAUGAUGAAUGUGGACAUGAACGAGCACCACGCUCUUCGUCUCUUUACAAUGGCAGACAAGUCUCAAUCAGGAACUCUUGAAGAUGAUGAAUUUGUGAUGUUCUAUAAGAUGUUGACUCAGCGCGAGGACGUCCUGCGAGUGUUUCAGGAAUAUUCGGCCGAUGGGCAAAAGUUGACACUCCAAGAUCUGAAAGAUUUCUUACAGGAGGAACAGCUACACAAGGACGGAGUUCAGCAGUAUGCACUAAAACUCAUAGAAUGCUAUGAACCUUCAGACACAGCAACAAUGCUACAAGUGAUGACGUUUGAUGGUUUUCUGAUGUACCUGACCUCACCAGAAGGCUCUAUCUUCAACCCUACUAUGGUGGAUCUCUACCAGGACAUGACUCAGCCUCUUUGUCAUUACUUCAUAUCAUCUUCUCAUAACACAUACCUUUUGGAAGACCAAAUCAGAGGACAAAGCAGUGUGGAAGGCUAUAUACGAGCUCUGAAACGUGGCUGUCGAUGUGUAGAAGUGGACUGCUGGGAUGGACCAAAUGGAGAACCAAUUGUCUACCAUGGACACACGUUCACUUCGAAGAUCUUCUUCAAGGAUGUUGUCACUGUGCUGGGUGACUAUGCAUUUAAAGCAUCACAGUAUCCUGUCAUCCUGUCUAUUGAGAACCACUGCAGUGUGGAGCAGCAGACAGUCAUGGCACAACACCUCACCCAGAUCCUGGGAGACAAGUUGCUGAAAAGCCCUUUAGAUGGAAAGUUUCCCAUUGGUCUACCAUCUCCUGAGGAUCUGAAAGGAAAGAUUCUGUUGAAAGGAAAGAAGAUAGGUGGAUUAGAGGAUAGCAUGAAUGGGGUGGUGGAUGACCCUUUGAUGGGAGAAGUGAGUGACGAAGAGGAGACUGCUGAAAUUGAUGAUGACCAUCAUCGCAAUGACAGUAUACGGCAUAGAGUCAAGAAAUCCAAGCAGAGUCUCUCUAAAGAGCUGUCGGACUGUGUGGUUUACUGCAAGAGUGUCCACUUUAGCAGCUUUAAACAUUCACGAAUUCAAUCCAAGUUUUACGAGAUCUCCUCCUUCACGGAGUCUAAGGCCCGGAAACACAUAAGGGAGGCAGGAGCAGAGUUUGUUCUCCAUAAUGCUCGUCAACUGAGCCGGGUUUACCCCAGUGGUUUAAGAACUGACUCAUCCAACUUCAACCCACAGGACAUGUGGAACGCAGGGUGCCAAAUUGUUGCUCUGAACUUUCAGACCGCAGGGGUUGAGAUGGAUCUGAACGAUGGCUUAUUCAGUCAGAAUGGACAUUGUGGCUACGUACUGAAACCAGCAUUCAUGAGCAACACUGAUGAAAGGUUUGACCCAGAAAGCCCCCAAAAUGACGCCUACAAGCCGCUUAGCCUGUCUAUUCAGGUAAUCAGUGGCCAACAGCUUCCCAAGGUAAAUAUCAAGGAGGGCUCAAUCAUCGAUCCCCUCGUUCGGGUGGAAAUUCACGGCGUACCACUGGACCAGGCCAAGCAGGAAACCAGAUACAUUGACAACAACGGUUUUAACCCAGUAUGGUACGAUACGCUUCAGUUCACAAUUCACGUCCCUGAAUUAGCGCUGGUACGGUUUGUCGUGGAGGACUAUGAUAAAACAUCAAAGAAUGACUUUGUGGGGCAGUUUACUCUCCCUUUCACCUGUAUUCAGCCAGGAUAUCAUCACAUUCAUCUCCUGUCUAAGGACGGCACCAGCAUACCUCCUUCCUCGCUAUUUGUUAAUGUCCGGAUAACUAAACAAACGUAAACUUACUUAAAGUUGUCUUACACUGACACAUGCACAAAAGAAACUAAAAAACGCAACAAUUUUAAGUCUUCCAAGUCAAUGCUUGUUUUCAGAUUGCUGACAUUUUAAUAAGUACAGUAAAAGUGUAAUAAAAAGUAACUUUUAAGGUAAAUUUGUGUUGCUAUAGAUUUAGUUAAUUUGUACGCCAAAUACUUUUAUAGUUAUUUUAUUUACUGUUAUUAAGAUUUUUGUGAUUGUAAGGAGCUGUAUCUAAAUAUAACUUCAGUGCGAUAUAGGUCCAGGUUGUUUUAACUUUAAAAUUAAAAGGAAAAUAGAAAAUUAUAUUUGCAUAAGGAAUUAAUCCAAUUUUGGUUUGUUUUUAGGUUUUG